GCCAUAACACAAUCGCCCGUGUCGAGAGAGAGAUAGAAGGGUAAGGAGAGACAAAGAAAAAGAGAGAGAGAGAGACGGAUCGCAUGUUCCGCCGCGACGCGUGUCGCGAUUGCACUUGGUACAAUCGAAUCGCGUGUAAAUCGCGGGGCGGAGAGGCGCGUGGGAUCAUAUAUACUACGCGACGGCGAGGAAGCGUGACCGGCGUCCAUACCGCCGGACGGUAAACAUUACAUUCUCAUCGCGGCGUACGAUUUGCCGCUGCGCUAGGGGGGGCAAUGCACCAUGGGAACAAUUUGCGACAGGCGCAUGCGCAAAUCAGUUUACAGUUGGAGGCUCAAAGAAAAUGGCGUCAGCUAAGUUUCUGGAGGAAGCUCUUAGCACUGAUGUCGACGAAUCUGCAGUGAACGCAAUAGUGGGCUCCCUUGAGACGCAGCUGGUGACAUCGACGCCGACUGUGGUCGGGCAUCAGGCGAGUUCCGCGUCAGUCAGCCAGCAGAAUCAUCAGGUGAACAGCGCUAUUUCCAACGGGGGCACAAUCACCACGGUACAGCCACAGAAGCAUGGGGUUUCGAACGGUGGCGGUGCCACUACGGUGAACAGCCUGAUGACUCAGGAAGUCGCCAAGUCCAUCACCACCAGCACUCUGCUGCCGGUGAACGUGGUUACUUCGAACGCAGUGGCGCCACAGGUCAUCACCACGCAGCAGCAACAGCAGCAGCAAUCACAGCAGCAACAGCAAUCACAGCAGCAGCAGCACGCGCAAACACCAGGAAUAUCCGCGUAUAUCAAUCAAGUAACCACGAACCAAGUGUCUAGCAAUCAGACCACUCAUAUACCGAGUCUGACGAAAACUCAUGAGCCAGUGAAGAUCAUCUACCCCACCGCCGUAGGCCAAGUGAUCGCUACCACGGGGGUAGCCAAUGCGAACAAUAAGCUCACCUUUCCCGCCCAAACAGUCGGUCAGUUAGCGAACGGUACUCUGGGUAUUACUUCAUCGGCAGUGCUGCAGACCACGUCGAAUGCUGUGUCCAAUGUGGGCUCUAUUAGCCAGACAGGCAGCCAAACAGUGACUGGUGUGAAUAAGCCGACGGGCACGGCUCUAGUGAUCAAAACCAGUGUAGCACCGGCCGGCAUGGUGUCUGUUCCCAUGACUGUUCCAGUUUCUGGUAACGCAGUAAGCACUGCGUUACAGGCCAAGGCUGGGGUCACUUCCACAAUAGUGCCCAGCAAUGUUCAAAUUCUCAAUGUGAAUACCAUGAGGCCUACCACACCAGUGGCAGGGCAGCAAGCCAAUAAGCAGGUUACUUCUAGAGUGGUGAUAGGGCAACCCAUGGUUGGAACGAGAUCAGGAGCUCCAGGGAUAACGUUACAGGCACUCCAUGGCCUUCAACCUGGAACUCAGGGUCAUCUGUUGUUAAAAACAGAGAAUGGGCAGUUUCAGUUAUUGAGGGUGGGACCAGCACCGACUGCUGGUACUCCCACCGGUACUACGGUUACACCCAAUAGCAUAGCUGGAAAUGCGGUAGUUGCUGCACCAUCUCCAGGCACUACCUAUCGCCUAGCUUCAAUGCCGGCUGUAAGUAGGCUGAAUACUCAGUUCACUGGCCCACCACUCGCCACUCUAAGAAAAUCUGUUCAGACGGUUGCUGCUACUAUUACUACGUCUACUACAACCCCAGCAACAGUAACCACAGCAGCUACAACUACUUCUGCACAAGCUGUUACUACUGUUCAAACGGUUCAAACAUCUACAUCUACACGUCCGAACCCUGAAAAUACCAAAGAAAAGUGCCGUAAAUUCUUAGCAAACCUAUUAGAGUUGUCUAGUCGAGAGCCUAAAUCAGUAGAACGCAAUGUCCGAACUUUAAUACAAGAGUUGAUUGACACUAAAGUCGAACCGGAAGAGUUCUGCGAUAGGCUUGAGAAAUUGUUGAACGCUUCACCACAGCCAUGUCUCAUUGGAUUUUUGAAAAAGAGUCUGCCACUUCUUCGACAGUCUCUUGUUAUGAAAGAAUUGGUGAUAGAUGGAAUUAAACCUCCACCGGCUAGCGUUGUUUUUUCCAUAGCUUCGGCAGUUUCAACUAUCGCACAGCAAAAUCAAUUCAGACCAGCGAUAGCAGGGACGGCCACGGUUCCUGUAACAGCGACGGCGACUGCGACGACUCAAGUGAGAGUAAUGGCACCGCUUCCAACAGCCGCCUCAGCUGUGGCACCAGCACCGGUACAAGCACCAACACCAGCACCAGCACCGGUAACAGUAGCAGCGACAGCAGCAGUAGCAGCUACCACACCCGUUCCACGGCCUGCUCCACCUGUCCAACAAAGGCUGAUUCGACCGGUAACGACGGUGGUUCGUAGCCCUUCCGCAGCAUACGCUGUAAAAUCGACGGUGGCGGUUGCCGGAAUUCGUCCCACUGCCCCUGUCGUGCAGAAACCACCCAUCACGGCCACAGUCGUGAAAACGAUCACGACUACCACGCAAGGCAAAACAGUCAAUACAACCACUACUGUUAAUAAAGCCGUAGUGCCUUCUCUCGUUCAAAAACCAGCUGCAAAGGAGAAAGAGAAAAAGUCAUUUUCAUCUGCAGGAUAUACGGCGGACGACGAUAUAAACGAUGUAGCGGCUAUGGGUGGUGUCAAUCUUGCGGAAGAAUCUCAAAGAAUACUUGGUUCUACGGAAUUUGUUGGUACCCAGAUACGAUCCUGUAAAGAUGAAGUAUUUUUGCACCUUACGCCGCUGCAGCAAAGAAUUAAGCAAAUCGCAUCUAACUACGGACUGGAAGAACCCAGUCAGGAAGUGGCAGCGUUAAUCUCGCACGCUGCUCAGGAGAGGUUAAAGAAUUUAGUAGAAAAAUUAGCACUAAUUGCCGAACAUAGGAUAGAUCUUAUCAAGGUUGACCCUAGAUAUGAGAUAUCGCAGGACGUAAAAGCGCAACUAAAAUUUCUGGAAGAACUAGAUAGGAUUGAGCGUAAAAGACAUGAGGAUCAAGAACGAGAGAUGCUUUUACGUGCCGCAAAAAGUCGCGCAAAAACGGAAGAUCCCGAGCAAGCCAAACUGAAGGCGAAAGCCAAAGAGAUGCAACGUGUGGAAAUGGAAGAACUGAGGCAAAGGGAAGCAAAUUUAACAGCCUUACAAGCAAUCGGUCCUCGCAAGAAGCCUAAACUCGACAUAGUGGGCACGACCAAUAGUUCGGGAAGCACCACUGCGAACACGUCGCAGAGCGGACCGAACAGACACAUGCCGAUAAGACCGCGUUUGAAGAGAGUGAAUAUGAGGGAUUUGAUGUUUCUGCUCGAACAGGAAAAAGAAACGUGUAGAAGCACGACACUAUAUAAAUCAUACUUGAAGUGAUGCCCUGUGAAGGGCAGGAACUUUAGUGACCCGCCCGAUAUCUGGCGUCCUUCCUGUAUGGUUUCGUGUAAGCUGGUUUUGAUGGGACUCGAUGAAAUUCAUCGUGUGACAUUAUCUUCUUACAUAGUAGUGUACAGUGUUUUAUAAGUCUGGGAGAUCUCACGAUAAGGCUCCUAAUUUCGAGGGUGAGUAAGAGGGAGGGGAGGGAGGAGAGAAUUGGGGAGAGGGACGCGGCUCGGAAUUCCGCGUUUAAAACACGAUCGUUUCCACCGUGUCGAUACUAAGCUUCCCUAAAUAAAUGACUGAACAUUUUUUAAAUGUAAUAUAAUAGAUCGUUCUUUAUUUUUCAACACAAAAUCGCAUCAAUAAGCGAGCGGGCGUGAAAGAUAGAGAGAGAAAGAAAGAAAGAGAGAGAGAAAGAGAGCAAGAGCGAAAAAGAGAGUAGCAAUGUGGACGAGCAUUUUUCGCGAGUUAGUCUCUAUAGUCUCUUUUGUGGUGACAUUGUGGCCAUGUAUGAAUAAAAAUUGUUAUAUGGUGCGUGAAUGCAUUAGCAUGUGUGAGUGCAUUAGUGAUUAUAAAGUUGUCACUAUGUAUAUGCUGGCUGCAUUGUAAUAUUUGACCUAUACUUUUGGACACUGUAGCGUCAAUGUAAAAUAAGCGUGCAGGUUUUGUUAUCAUAGUAAAAUGGUAUUUUUGCAAACUGUAAUGUAAUAAUAUAAUAAUAGUAAUAUUAAUAAUAUUAAUAUUAAUAAUAAUAAUAAUAUCGCGAGCACACUGUCCAAAAAGUAUGGAAUAAUUUGUACAAUAUCUUACACAUAAUUAAAUAGUGAUAAUUUAAAUGUUGGUACAACAGAAUAUAGCUACUCUUCACUGGAAGAUGGAAUUGUUAUCAGUAUAUUAUGUUGUAAUCUACAUUUUCAGUGUUUAUAAAGAAAAAACAUUAGCUGUUACGUUUUUUAUUAAAGAAAGAUUUACAAAAGUAAGAAUAACGGAAUAUUUUUUUGAUUGAUGUUAAUUUAAUUAUUUAUGUGUUUCCUUCUCGGAAUUCUCGCGUCUGCCGACAUACAUACACAUAUAUAUAUAUAUAUAUAUAUAUAUAUAUAUAUAUAUAUACACAUAUAUAUAUAUACACAUAUAUAUAAACAUAUACAUAUUCUGCUAUAUAUUGUCCGGAAAAAGUUGCGCUUUGCGUGAUCAAUUGAAACAAAUUCAAAGCGAGUACCUGAUUUGUAUGUAAAGGAAGCGCAAGUGCACACGUGGGUGCCUGAAAAAAGAAAGAAAAAAAAAACAUACAGAGCAAUGCUUGAGACACUCAGUGAACUUCUCGCCGCAUAUCGACGCUUCACAUAUACCACAUACAUACACACUAUUUUGUGUGCUCACACAUCGUUUCUUUUACGUUGUCGAGAGAUAUUAUGUGUAAUACUUGUAUGUACGAGGAAUUUAUCGAUUAAUCUGAUCUUUAUAGAUCACAUGUCGUAUAUUAUUAUUAUGUUAUUUACAACGUAUAACACGAAUUUAUUCGCGUGCAAUAUAAGUUAGCACAUCUCUCUUAGCGGGAUUUUUCUUCUCUCACCGCGUUUAGUCUGGCCGCGUUGUUCCACUGCUCUCGUGUUAAUUAUUCCCCCACGCCGAUAGGGUUGGUGCAUACACACUCUCGUUGAGAUAUAGCUUACUUCGUAUUACUCUCAAUUACUGAUCUUUCAUCCAAUACUUUAUAUCAUUAAGAAGUAAUUUUGUAUCAUUAAUUAUAUUAAAAGUCUCUUGAACUUUCGAGUACUGCCGAUUUACGAAAUGCCCGCUACGAAACAACGGUGUUACAUAUACGUAUAUAUACAUAUAUAUUUAUAUAUUCGCCUUUAUUUAUUGUCGACCCGCUGUUCGUCUGAGCGUCGAUUAGAUUAUUUUGGCUUAUAUCGUCAUCCGCGAAAAUUGUGCGCCGAAUGACUUUGCGUCGACAUCGAUACUCUCGUUAUUCCAGCAAGUUUUGCGCUUCCGCUUGUUUAGGGGAUGGAUUAAUCAGAAGGAGGACGGUAGAAGGGGGAGGCAUAAUAAAGAUAAAAAGACACUUCCACACUAAGAAAGAAAUAUUUGAAAAUUUAUUUGGAGGAUAAAAGUUCAUUUGGAAGAAAUAAACUUUAUCUUUAUAACUUUAUAUCCCGAAAAUAAAUUUUGAAGUAUUUUUUUCUCAGUGCAUGAUAGCGUGUUUGGGACAGCUCGUUAGCAUACGUUGUGUGCGUCUCUUACUGCUAUCAGACGUCGUUAAUUAGAAUGAGAAGCGUGGCGAUGCACGUGUGUCAGUUCGUUCAUUGUAUCAAUUGAGACGAGAGUUCUGCUUAAAAAGAAAGAGAAAAACUGAGGCUGAGUACAAUCUCAGCGUCACGUGCGCUUUACCAUUACCUAGGUCGAGAGUUACACGAUCUUCAGCCUUACACGCAAUGCGCAUAAGGACGAAAAUCGUACAAAGGAUUCCGAUUGUAAUGGUAAGGCAUAUAUGACGCAGCGUGUACACGACGAGGGAGAGGGUAGAUAUGUCCUCGCGAAUGUAGCUUGAAUUGCGUUGUACCGGUAAUUUAAAGCACACACUGCAUGAAAAAUUUAAUUACUCGCGUUGGGUCAUUUAAUUGAUUCCCGCGUUUGGAUCAUAUGUGUCUGAGAUGACGCUUAUGGGUCGUAAACAAAUAAAUACAUACAUACAUACAUUACAUUGUAUCACGUGCCUGGGACGUGCUGGACUAUUGUGGCUCGUAAAAGGGAAGAACGUCUCUGGGAGACGUGAUUUCAACGCAAAAAGGCUUGAAUAUAAACUAGAAGAAAGAAAACUGGAAAGACGCGUCGUUCUCGUGAUCGAUGCUUGGGCGUGAAAUAUCACAUGCAAUGGGCAUUUCCUCUCUCGUAGUUUCGAUCUCUCUCUGUACCGCUGGUGGUAGUAAUAGUGAUUGCGAUUAUAAUUCGGUCAUUCUUGUGGGAAGAUAUCGGGGCGGGAAGGAGGAAAUAUCCGCGCGAGAAUCUCCGGCGAACGUGCUGUAAUUUGCCGGAAACGAACGUCUGACAUGUACAUCUCGUUGUAAAUAAUAACUCUCCGCUCGUAUAGGCGAUCGUGUGCUCCGUCGGGAAAGCGCUCGCGAGCCGGUCGCUUCUUGUGUAACGACACCUUCCACUGAGCACAUCGCGCAGUAGACAAAUGCUAGACCUUCACUUAGCUGUA